CAGGAACAAUAAUCGAAUAUGAAUUCCUUUGAGAUAAAAGAUAUACCAGGGAAGGGUCGUGCUAUGGUUGCGGCAAAACUUAUCAAUGCUGGUGAUACCAUAUUCGAAGAAGAACCAUUUGUUUCCUGUCAAUUUUCAUGGAAUGCUGCAUAUGGUUAUGCUGCCUGUGAUCAUUGUAUGCGACCACUGGAGACGGUGACAGAAAAUGUACGUCGCUUGGCCAGCAACCAAACACUUGUGGUACCUCUGACAGAGCAUGAUCCCACCAAGCAAUGGCUGGAACAAUUUACCGUCUGCCCUAACUGUAAGAUACGUUAUUGUUCGGAAGAUUGCCGUGUUGAAGCGUUGAAGAAAUAUCAUCGUGUCGGCUGUAUGGGUAAUUUCCGACAAGAUGAUUCGCAUCCCAUAAAUCGUUUGAAUGAAAUAUGGAAAAAAAUGCAUUAUCCCCCAGAGACUGGUACCAUAAUGUUGUUGGUACGCCUUAUGGCAAUGUAUCAACAGUCUUCAAACAAACCUGAGUUCUUGGAAUCACUGCAAUCAUUCCAGGCUUUGAUUGUUAACAAAGAACAACAAAUUUACCACAAAAUGUUGGGUGAAAAUUUCGAACAACAAAUGGAGCAAUUAUAUGCGGCCUUUUGUGUGGCUUUUCAGGGUGAUGACUUUCAAAUGUUCACAACCCCCGAAGCUUUCAAAACUCUAAUGGGUUUGGUAGGUACAAACAGUCAAGGUGUAGCCACAAGUGUCUUAGCAGAAUGGGUAAAAAAGGUAUCCGAUUUACCUAUGCCCGAAGAGGAUAAAGCCAAAUUGGAUGAAUAUAUUGAUGAUCUUUACAAUAAAGUAUCAGAAUUCGCUGGCGAAUUCUUAAACAAUGAAGGCUCUGGACUUUAUCUAUUACAAAGUAAAAUAAAUCAUAGUUGUGUACCCAAUGCUCAAUCAACAUUUCCCUAUUCCAAUGAUAUUGUGGUAAUGAAGGCCACCCGGGAUAUACAGCCCGGCGAGGAAAUAUGUAUUUCAUAUUUAGAUGAAUGUCAGCUGGAGAGAAGUAGACAUUCCCGGCAAAAGAUUCUCAAAGAAAAUUACAUUUUUGUGUGCAACUGUCCCAAAUGUCAAUUGCAAAGCAAUGAUCCCGACGAGACCAGUGAAGAUGAAGACGAAGAUGAUAUGGACAUGGAAGAUGAUUACGAUGAUAUGGAUGACUAAAU